GGUUGAGGAGUAAUUGGUUCGCAUCUAAAUAUGUUUAACACACGUGAAAAAUGGGAACAGCAUUGGAUGUCCGAAUAUAGACACAAUCAACACUAUUUCGUGGUACCUCUAUGAUUCUAAGAUCAACAAAAAUGGCGAGGAAGGUUAAGACAACAGUUGGAAAGGAAGGUUAUGUUUUGGUGUUUGUGUUUUAAAUCUUUAAAUGAAUGUUAUCUUUUAAAUUAGAAACGAAGAAGUAGCAUGUUAGGUGAUCAAAAUGAACUUAAUGUUGUACAGUCCAAAUUUUCAUCGAAUGAAUUGGUUGUAGCAGUUCAUACAAAUGCUCUCUUACUGGAACAAGAAGGCUGGGUAGAUAAUAGAAGAAUUUUGGCGUUGGUGAAGCACGAAUUUUCAUUUGCAUUGUUUGUUAUUCUGUCAGUGAACAUACCCCCUGUAAGUUUCUCAGAUCUUACAAUUGAGAGAAUAAUUCCAUUAGAUGAAUGCUUUUUGUGUGAUACAGAACCUAUUCCUCAAGAUUAUCAAAAUAUAAUAUUUAACAUUUACUAUAAAACAUUAAUUCUACCAUUUAAGGUGGAAAUUAGCACUGAAAGUUCGAAUUUUGCAUCUGAAGUUAUAACAGCCAAAGAAGUUAAGCCAGUGGAAUAUAAGGACUGUAUUUUUGCUUGGCUAGAUAAAUAUAAGGACUUAGACAAAAUAGUUAUGGACUUAAAUGAAAAGUUAGGAGAUUUUCCUCUUACUAGGCAAAAGAAUGGCCAAGGCCAAGGAAUUUCAGGAAAUAGAGAAUCUUUUUUAAAAUAUCAGCUUACACUUAAAGAACCUGAGUUUACUCAUCAACAAGAGUUUACGAUAUUUAUUGGAACAUGGAAUGUAAACGGUCAACCUCCAACUGCAUUGCGUAAAUGGUUAAGCUGUGAUGAAGAACCUCCAGAUAUAUAUGCUGUUGGUUUUCAAGAAUUAGAUUUAAGGAAAGAAGCAUUCUUGUGGAAUGAGACAACAAGGGAAGAAGAAUGGCAGAAAGCCGUUAUGGAAGCAGUUCAUCCCAAUGCAAAAUAUCGAUGUGUAGCUUUAGUACGAUUGGUAGGAAUUCAAUUGGUAGUCUUAAUAAAUAGCAAACAUUAUCAACAUGUUAAAAAUGUGGCCAUUGACACAGUGGGAACUGGAAUUUUAGGAAAAAUGGGAAAUAAAGGGGGUGUGUCAGUUCGUUUUGAGUUGCAUAAUACAUCAUUGUGUUUUGUAAAUAGCCAUUUAGCUGCUCAUGUAGAAGAAUAUGAAAGACGAAAUCAAGAUUAUCAUGAUAUAAACCUGAGAACCAAUUUUAGAAGACACCCACUUGCUAUAAGAGAUCAUGAUCAAGUUUAUUGGUUGGGAGACUUAAAUUAUCGAAUAACAGAUUUAACUACUGAUCAAGUCAAAUACUAUCUUUCAAAAAGCAAUUUGGAACCUGUUCUGCUAGCUGAUCAAUUGAAUCAGCAACGUAUUUUGUGCAGGGUUUUACAGGAUUACCAAGAAGGUGAUAUUACCUUCAUUCCAACUUAUAAGUACGAUUUAAAUUCGGAUAUUUUUGAUACAAGUGAGAAAGCUCGAGCUCCUGCAUGGACAGACAGAAUUUUAUGGCGCGGGAAGGGUAUAUAUCAGUCCGCCUACCGAAGCCACAUGGAGAUGAGAAUAAGUGAUCAUAAACCUGUCAGUGCCCUGUUUAAAUCGCAAAUAAGCGUUAUCGAUCAAGCCAAGUAUCGAAAAGUUCACGAGGAAGUAUUAAAAAGAAUGGACAAGUUGGAGAACGAAUUUUUACCCCAGGUCACCAUCGACUCAACUGAAGUUACCUUUGAACUUGUCAAAUUCAGGGAAGCGCAAUACAAAGAUAUUAUAAUUGCUAAUACGGGACAGGUCUUGGCUGAAUUCGAAUUUAUUAGAAAACCAAAUGAUACGUCGUAUUGUAAAGAAUGGCUUCGAAUAACACCUUAUAUUGGUUGUAUAAAGCCAGGUGAAAAAUGCGAUAUAAGAUUCGAAGUUAAUUUGGAGCAGCCUUUAGAAGAAUUGUAUGAUAUUUUGGUAUUACACUUGUCAGGAGGGAAAGACAUGUUCAUUACAGUAUCUGGUAAAUGCCAAAGGUCUUGCUUUACGACUUCCAUUAGUACUCUCUGUCGUGCCCCUAUACCUCUUCUGAAUUUGAACCCUGACCAGUUGCAACAUGCGGAAACACAACAGUCUCCAGUAUUAUAUUCUGUACCUCGGGAGCUUUGGCUCCUUGUGGAUCAUUUAUACAGGUAUGGAUUAAAAACAAAGGAGUUAUUUGAACUCAAUGCCUUAAAUGAGGACAUCGUACGUAUAAGAGAUUGGUUAGACUGGGGAUCAUUAGAUCCAAUUUCUGUACCAAUACAUGCAGUUGCUGAGGCUUUGUUACUCUUUUUGUCAUAUACCAAAGACCCCAUAAUACCAUAUCAUCUGCAUGAUGCCUGCAUAGCAGCCUCUUCAAAUUAUCAGAGUUGUAAACAGAUAAUAGUUCAAAAACUUCCGGAUUUGGAGCGGAACGUCUUCCUCUACCUAUGCAUGUUUUUGCAAGAACUUUUGAAGCAUUCAAAUGAAAAUGGAUCAGAUGUGAAAACAUUGGCCACACUUUUUGGGGAUAUCUUACUCCGAGAUCCUGUUCGUAAUUCGAGACCUCAAGCUAACAGGGGAAAGGCAAGUUUCCUAUACCAUUUUCUUGUGAACGAUCAGAGUUGUUUAUUAAUCGUACCAAAUAAUAAAUAAGUCUUUCAUGCCUAAUAUUCGUACGUAAAAAACAAACACAGACGAGAAGGCUAACGGGUUGUCUCUAAUGAAGUGGUUUUCGUAUAUCAGUUGAUAAGUUUCUUUAAUGAUAAUUAUCAGUGCC